GGGGUGUGGCGAUCCCGACAAGAUUUUUUUCAGCCCUGAGCCAGCCACCCCGGGCUGGGCUGCUGGGAGCUGAAAAUAGCUCCGAGGCGCCCAGCGCGGCAGCACCACCCAGCAGCUGCGAUCCCUGCGCUCCCUCAUUCGCCUUCUCUCCUGCCUCUCUCCCCCGCCUCAGACUCUUGGAUUGGAUCUAACCCGAAACCCCUGGAGUUCAAGACCGGCUAAAAAAAAAAAAGGGCUCCAUAAACAACCUCUGCAUGUAGAAGCCACCGACGCCUGCUCCCCCUGCUCAGAGCCACCGGCCGCGGAGCCCGGCCGCCCUCCCAGAGGGAAACUGAAGACUUUAAUAACAAAUCCUCCAAGGUCACAAUGAAUACAGAUAGCGGUGGGUGUGCUCGCAAACGUGCCGCCAUGUCUGUUACAUUAACAUCUGUGAAGAGAGUUCAGAGUUCUCCAAACCUAUUGGCUGCAGGGCGUGAUUCUCAGUCACCAGACUCAGCUUGGAGAUCUUACACUGACCAAAAUCAAGACACACUGAACGGAGAUGCUACGUAUUCCUCUCUUGCAGCAAAAGGCUUUAGAAGCGUCCGACCAAACCUACAAGACAAAAGGUCGCCCACUCAGGCACCCCUCCCACCACUCAGAAAAGAGAGCUUUGGUAGCUCCUUGACCAGCAGUCACACCAAGAGUGACCUUUUAGACCCACGAGUACCUAACACACACGUCCCUUCUUGUUCAGAGUACUUUACCAAUAAAACACUUCUUCCAGGAGCUGUGCACUCUGAUGAAGACGAGCCAGGCCAAACAAUCGUGUAUUCUGAAGAAUCUAACACGACUGUGUCGUACACACAGAAAAUCACUAACCUGCUCCCAGCAGCUCCCCGCACAGGCUCCCCACCCAAUGCUGACACGAGUAGUGCUCCAUUCCUACAAGAGGACUACAUGCAGGAUUCUCAAACGCGGAAAAUUUCUACACUGAAACUAAUCCAUAACCAGGAUCCAGGAAAUAGCAUCCCCUUUAAUACGCCACCGUUUUCCAAAUCUGCCGACCUCCCAUCAUUCCUCAAAAGGCCCUGCUCACCGCCCCCUAACCCAGUGCCCGAGAAACACACAGCAUCUCUCUCCAUUCAGAUAGCUCCCCUGUCAGGACAGGAUCCCGAAAGCCACAAACAGCUACCUGAGCUUUCUCCAGAGACUACAAAGAUACCUCUUCAGCAAGAGAGACAAAAACCUGCAGUGGCUGCGACCGCUCAGUCCUCAGACUGCCGGAGCCAGAUCACAGUGAAUGGGAACUCGGGAGGUGCUGUGAGUCCCAUGAGCUACUACCAGCGGCCCUUCUCCCCCUCGGCCUACUCCCUGCCCGGCUCCCUCAACUCCAGCAUCAUCAUGCCGCACGGCCGGUCACUGGAUUCCACAGAGGCGUAUGCCCAGCACGCGCAGUCUCUGGACGGCACGGUGGGCAGCUCCAUCCCGCUGUACAGGUCCUCGGAGGAGGAGAAGAGGGUGACGGUCAUCAAAGCCCCGCACUACCCGGGGAUCGGGCCUGUGGAUGAGUCUGGCAUCCCCACGGCCAUCAGAACGACAGUUGACAGACCGAAGGACUGGUACAAGACGAUGUUCAAGCAAAUCCACAUGGUGCACAAGCCUGAUGAUGACACAGACAUGUACAAUACUCCUUAUACAUAUAACGCAGGCCUGUUCAACUCACCCUACAGUACUCAGUCUCAUCCUGCUGCGAAGACCCAGACCUACCGACCCCUCUCCAAAAGCCACUCGGACAACGGCACGGACACUUUUAAGGAUGCGGCUCCCCCGGCCCCUCCCCCACAAGUUCCUCCUCCGGUCCCACCGCUUCGACCCAGAGAUCGGACUUCCACAGAGAAGCAUGACUGGGACCCUCCGGACAGGAAGGUGGACACGAGGAAGUUCCGUUCGGAGCCCAGGAGCAUUUUUGAAUACGAACCGGGCAAGUCGUCGAUCCUGCAGCAUGAGCGGCCACCCCCCCUCCCAACAACUCCGCCACCUGCUCCCCGGGAGCCCGGCCGGAAGCCGAUUCCUAUGUCACCCUGUGGAGAAGUCACUGGUAGCCCCUCCCCUCCGCCCAGGAGCGGGCUCCCCACACCAAGCCCGAGCACCCCGGCUCUCUCUCCCAUCUGGACUGACCGCAUACAUCCCGAUGACGUAGAGUUAGAGAAGGAGCCCUGGUAUAAGUUCUUUUCAGAGCUGGAGUUUGGACGGCCGCCUCCUAAAAAGGCUCUGGACUAUGUUCAAGACCAUUCUCCUGGUGUUCCCAACGAGGCCUCCGUGUAUCAAUCCUCUAUAGAUAGAAGCCUGGAAAGACCCAGUAGCUCUGCAGGCCUGGCCAGUGACUUCCGGAAAAGGAGGAAGAGCGAGCCAGCCGUGGGGCAGCCGAGGGGCCUGGGGGACCCAAGGGCGAGCAGGACCAGCCCCGGCCGGGCGGACCACCCGGGAUCAAGUGCCACCCUGACCCAGUCUUUCAUUAGUUCUUCCCCUUCCUCCCCAUCCAGAGCAAAAGGUGGGGAUGAUAGCAAAAUGUGUGCACCCCUUUGCAGCUGCUCAGGGCCCCGCGGCAGCCCCUGCCCGGAGCUAGACGGCUGUCCCGCAUACGGACAGCACCUGGACGUCCCGCGCGACUCGCAGCGGGCCCUGGCCUUCAAGAACGGUUGGCAGAUGGCCCGGCAGAACGCCGAGGUCUGGAGCAGCACCGAGGAGGCCGUGUCCCCCAAAAUCAAGUCCCGCAGCUGCGACGACCUCCUGAACGACGAGGACUGCGACAGCGGCUUCCCCGACCCCAGAGCCAAGUCGGAGAGCAUGGGCUCCCUGCUCUGCGAGGAGGACCCCCGGGAGGGCUGCCCGGGGCCGUGGGCACCCUCCUUCCUGCCGGAGCCCAGGGCCGGCGGCCGGUCCCGGCUCCGCCACAGGCCGGCCCACGACGCCCCGGGCUUCCUGAAAAUGUACAAGAAGAUGCACCGCAUCAACCGCAAGGACCUGCUGAGCUCCGACGUGAUGUGCUCCGUGAAGUCCAGGGUCCUGCAGUACGAGAAGGAGCCGCACGCCCGGGGCCUGCUGCCCGGGUGGAGCCAGGCCUCGGCCGACUCCGAGGUGCCCAGGGACAUGGUGCCCACCCGCAUCUCGGAGUUCGAGAAGCUGAUCCAGAAGUCCAAGUCCAUGCCCAACCUCGGGGACGAGAUGCUCUCCCCCGCGGCCCUCGAGCCGCAGCUCCCCGGGCUCUGCCCCUCCAGGCGGUUCUCCGUCGAGUCCUUGCUGGAGGAAGACCCCCCGAGCAGGCACCCUGGCCCGGGGCCACGGGGCUACACGUCGAAAAGCCUGGUGCCCAUCCACAUCGAGGUGACCAGCGAGGAGCCGCCCAGAGCCCAGCUGGAGCUCUCCGACAGCGACCAGGACGGCGUGGUGUCCGAGCACAGCGACUGCGUUCACGUCGAGGGCUCGUCCUUCUGCAGCGAGAGCGACUUCGACCACUUCUCCUUCACGUCCUCGGAGAGUUUCUACGGCUCCGGCCACCACCACCACCACCACCACCACCACCACCACCACCACCGGCACCUCGUCAGCUCCUGCAAAGGCAGGUGCCCGGCGUCGUACACCCGCUUCACCACGAUGCGAAAGCACGAACGCACCAAGCACGAAAGCACCGAGGAGCCCAGGAGGCGGGACCCGGACCCCGGCCUGUCCAAGCUCGCCUUCCUCGUCAGCCCCGUGCCUUUCCGGAGGAAAAAGCAUCCGACGCCCAAAAAGCAGGCGGGAAAGGCAACCUGCAAAACGGCCGUCUUUGAGGCUCUGGACUCGGCCCUCCAGGACAUCUGUGACCAAAUUAAGGCCGAGAAGAGGAGGGGGAGUCUGCCCGACAACAGCAUCCUCCACCGUCUGAUCACUGAGCUGCUGCCGGACGUGCCCGAAAGGAACUCCUCGCUGAGAGCUCUGAGAAGGAGCCCCCUGCCCCAGCCCUGCCACCCGCUGCCCCAAGAUGGUGCUACCCACUGUCCAUGGUACCAGAGCGACUGUGGGAGGCCGCCUCCCAGUGCCUCUCUCCCAGACAUGGACGCCAAUAACAACUACCACCCAGACCUCGACAGUGCCCUGGGUCUGCAAGACCCAGAGUCCCCUAGAAGUUACGUGUCCGCUGUGACUGACUUGGGGAGGAGUGCACCGAGGGAAAGAAGAGGAGGAACUCCGGAAAAAGAGAAACUGCCUGCAAAAGCUGUUUAUGACUUUAAGGCUCAGACAUCUAAGGAGCUGUCGUUCAAGAAAGGAGACACGGUCUACAUCCUCAGGAAAAUCGACCAGAACUGGUACGAGGGCGAGCACCACGGGCGAGUGGGCAUCUUCCCCAUCUCCUACGUGGAGAAGCUGUCCCCUCCGGAGAAAGCGCAGCCCGCCAGGCCGCCGCCCCCGGCCCAGCCCGGAGAGAUCGGGGAGGCGAUUGCCAAGUACAACUUCAACGCGGACACGAACGUGGAGCUGUCGCUGAGGAAGGGAGAUAGAGUUAUUCUUCUCAAGAGAGUCGAUCAGAACUGGUACGAAGGUAAAAUCCCAGGGACCAGCAGACAAGGCAUCUUCCCUGUUUCCUAUGUGGAAGUGGUGAAGAGGAACACAGCCAAAGGCGCCGAGGACUACCCCGACCCUCCCAUACCUCACAGCUACUCGAGCGACAGGAUCCACAGCUUGAGUUCCAACAAGCCACAGCGUCCUGUGUAUACUCAUGAAAACAUUCAAGGUGGGGGGGAACCGUUUCAGGCUCUGUAUAACUAUACUCCUAGGAAUGAAGAUGAGCUGGAGCUCAGAGAAAGCGACGUCAUCGACGUGAUGGAAAAAUGUGACGAUGGAUGGUUUGUGGGAACCUCAAGAAGAACCAAAUUCUUUGGUACUUUCCCCGGAAACUACGUCAAGAGGCUGUGAAGCACCCUCCCUGCUGUGUACACUGCGUCUCAGAACCUGGCCCGAAAAGACCCCGCAGGCCUCCCGCUCUCAUGCCUUAUGUUUCCUGUAGAAGUCACCACCGUCCUCAUCUCCACCUGCCGCCCAACCACCAGCAGAGUAACCGCCGGAGCCUCGGGGAGGCUGGCAGGCCUGUUCCGUGUGAAAGUGCAUAUCCCUGCUUUCUGCUCUAAACUGAAAGUCUGUAUAAUAGGAUCAGAAAGAGAGUCAUCAUACUUACAAAGCGGGAAAUAAACUGAAAAGUGUCUCGAGGAGGCUCCCUGGUCCACUUUGAGGAUGUUUUCCCACCCCCCUCCUCAGGCACCAGAAGAUGGUUUAUUACUAAAUACGUGGUGUGCGUGUCCACACUCUUAGCUUGGCAGUCUGUUUUCUUUUCACGAGUUUGCCUAGAGUCCUCGUUUACACGACAUGACAACUGUACUUCAGCUAUUAUUUUCCUGCACUUAUACGUAUGUUGUAAUAUGCACAGUGAUUACACAAGCUAAAGCAAGAGUAGGAGCGUUCAUUCAGAUGAGUGUGAUUUUUGUUGACUGAAUGUGGGUUUCGAAUAGCAGUCUUUCCCUGCGAUUCUUUUGUACUUUUUAGAAGUGCAAACAGUAAGUGAGUAAGAGCUUUGGGUAAUAAUCAUGAGAAUAUAAGAGAUUUAGCUAGACUACAAAAAAAAAAUAUUGUGUUGUAAAGUUGCGUUGCUAUUUUAUAUUAAAAUGUAAUGAUCAGCAUCAUAAACAAUGAGCCCUUAGUGCUUAUUUAUCUGACAAAAUUUAAAUAAAAGCAGUGUUAGUGAGAGGUGCAAAGAGUUAUUCUAACAUAGACACUUGAAAGUAUCUGUAAGCAAUAUUCCUAGGUAGGAUUUCACUGUGUGAACAUAGCCAUUUGCGAUUGUAUGAGAACAGGCAAUCCAUAUGACAUGUCAUACAUACAUUUUAUGGAAUGUAAAAAAAUCCCACGCAUUAUUUUUAGAAAUAGAAGACUUUAGAAGUAUCACAGGUAUUAAGGCUGGUUUUAGCAAGGAUUAUGAUCAAUACAAUUAUUUUUACUAUGAUAAUUUUUUUUUCUAUGGAACUCAGAAUCCUGGCUACAUUUGAGGACAGGAAUAUGUUGAGCCUGAUUUUCCGGUGUGUAUAAAAUACUUCCUCAAAAUACAUUAGGCACUUUUUAGAGGCAAUGUUAACUCAUCCAGGUUCUAUUUUCUGCCCUGAGGUAGAAAUUUACAAAAGGAUAUUGGGACCUGGGAGAUUUAAUGUGGCGAACAGUGCCUGAAUCACACACCUUCUGAGAACUAGCUUUGUAUUUCUUAUGACUUUGCAUAAGAACUAUUCAUAUUUGGAUCUUGAGCACCUUAUAGAGAAAACUUUUUAUGGCAUUUCUUCUGUGGACAGUGACUGAUCUUUUCACAAUGUAAGUAGACUCUAGAAUUUUGUACAUAUGGUUGCUCUUUUUUUUUUUUUUUUGUAUAGACUAUUUAGUUGUUGAGAAAACAAGGGAAUUUCUUAACUUGCUCUUUAUCCUUCACUAAAACUAAAGAUGAUCCUUUGUAUAUCCCACAGAUCAUAAGCACGCCUCGAUAGUGUGAUUCUAUAAGAUAGCAUUUAUGCAAAAGUAUAUGAGUUUACAAGAGCUCAGUAGCCAGACUGAAAUGUAUAUAAGUAUCCAAUACAGAAGGGUUUCAAUAGGAAAAAGGUAAAGAAACACCUUUGAGUAGCCAACCUUGAUUACUGUCAAGUUCACAACCAGCUUUAUAUUUUUAAAGGCCUUGGGUUUGAAAUUAGGUCAACUGCAUGCAGCUUUGCUGAUAAAUGAAUAAUUAUCUUCCAUGCCAUUUAUGAGAAAAGACUUCAAUGUCUGUUGCCUGUCAUAUUUAAGAAAAAUUACUGUUUCUACUCUCUGUACCUGAUUUUGAAAGGAAAAAAAAUUCCUACUUGGCUUUCAGGUCAUUGACUUUGAAUUCUUACAAGCAAAAGUCAUUGUGUUUUUCUUGAAUAGACGUCUAAUAAAUUUGCUUGGAAGUAUA